ACAUAACGUUGUUUUUAAAUGGUUAGUUAUUGCCUAGUCACAAGUAACUCACAACACAGCCCGUUUUAUUUUACCCUCGACUUGUGAGAAGUGGUACGGUCCCUGCCUGGUCCUCGAGCAGGAGAGAGGGGAUCAACAUGGCGUCUGAGCAGGAGAGUUCCAAUGGGCCGGUGAAGAAGUCAAUGCGAGAGAAGGCGAUAGAAAGACGCAACAUCAACAAGGAACACAACAGUAACUUUAAAGCUGGCUAUGUACCCAUAGAGGAAGAGCGUCUUCACAAAACAGGGCUGAGAGGACGCAAGGGAAACAUGGCCGUUUGCAUCAUUGUCCUCCUCUUCCUCCUCGCCUUAAUCAAUCUCAUUAUCACACUCGUAAUAUGGACAGUCAUCCGUAUUGGUCCGAAUGGCUGUGACAGUAUGGAGUUUCAUGAGAGCGGCCUGCUGCGCUUCAAACAGAAGGCGGACAUGGGCAUCGUUCACCCGCUGCACAAAAGCACAAUAGGAGGUCGGAAGGACCAGGACCUGGUCAUUGUAGGGAACAAUAACCCGGUUGUGUUCCAGCAAGGUACAACUAAACUGAGUGUAGAAAAGGACAAGACAUCGAUCGUCAGCGAUGUUGGCAUAUCCUUCACAGACCCACGCACCCAGAACACGUUCUUCAGCACGGACUUUGACAAUCAUGAGUUCCAUUUACCCAAAGGAGUCAAAGUCCUCAGUGUUAAAAAGGCUUCCACAGAAAGGAUCACCAGCAGUGCAUCAUCUGACCUGAACAUCAAAGGGGACAACAAGGCUAUUAUUCGAGGGAACGAGGGGGUCAACAUCAUGGGCAGGACUGUCGAGUUCAAAGUGGGAGGAGGCAUCGAGCUCAGAGCUGAAAACAGCAUCGUCCUCAAUGGCUCAGUCAUGUUCAAUGCCACACGUAUCCCUAACUCUGCAGGAGAUGUGUAUUUCGAUGAGGGUCUGCAGAGGUACAAGCUCUGCAUGUGUGCAGAUGGGACUCUGUUCCGUGUGCAGGUGAAGUACUCCAACAUGGGCUGCCAGACAUCAGAUAACCCAUGUAGAAAAUCUUACUAGGGACGUGGACUGGAAUUAUUACAUGACUGAAGAUCACAAAUUUGCAUAAAAAGACAUUCUAUUGGAUAUCCAAUAACAAUACCUCUGUGAUUCUCCUGAUCAAAUUCUCAAUUAUGUAUUUUGAUGCAAAGCUAGAAAUUUAUUACAGAUAAUUACCACUUGGCCA